AUGAGGAGUGCAGAUCUUCUCCCGCACAACGACGGUUUUACAGUACCUUUCAGUCACGUAGAGGCACACUCCUCCUCCCCGCGACUUCCCGGUGAUUUCCUGGUCCCGGUCCAGUCUGUAUGGAGCUCCAAAGCCCCUCACCGAGAGAUCCUCAUCUCGAUCGGUGUCCGUAAGCCAAGACUCCGUAAAGACGAGAAGACAGGCAUUGGUGAUCUCCUGUCUCACCGUGGCCCAAGCUUCCAGCUCGUCCAGCUUGUUACGGAGAGAUUGCGCGUUCCCAAGCAGGAUGGAUGGGAGCGCGGGCAUCCGUCGGCGGUCCUGGAGGCACAAGCGCUUCAAUCUCCGGUGGACACCUCCUCGUCUUCCCCUUUUGCGGCGUACGUGUCGAGCCGCCGUAUUGCGAAGCUCCGGUGGGAUGUCUGGCGGUGGAUCCGCGGCCCGCUCAGAGAACCGGAGCUGUAG